AUGGGACUUCUUCAGCUGCUCUUCCUGGCUGUUCUGGCUGCCUGUGGCUUCUCAGAGGAGCAGACAGAAGACAUCACCAUAGCCUACAAAGUGCUGGACGUUUAUCCCCAGAGCCGUCACGUGCUUAUAACCUGUGACAUCCCCGAGGCGCCCCGGCCCGUCACUUACUCUCUCAUGGCCAGCCAAGGUGUCCUGGUGAGGAGAAGGGUUGUGAGUGACCACAAGCCAGCCUCCUUCAACAUCAACAUCACACUUAAGCCCAACCCAGACCUGCUCACCUACUCCUGCCAGGCAGCCUCGACCUUGGGCACCUACGGGCCCAGCACCAGGCUACAGAUGUACUGGGAGCUGUGGGCCAAGCCUGUGUCUCAGCUGCAGACUGACUACAUCCUGUACCAUGGUGACUCAGGCCCCACUGUGGCGUUCUCCUGCGUGGCACCCUCAGGCAGUCCGCCCAUCACCUACCGCCUGGUGGGGGAUGACGGGCAUGUCCACGCCCAGCAAAGGCCGGUCCAUGGGAAACCUGCCAACUUCUCCGUCCUGCUGUCCCAGACCUCGGGCUGGUUCCACUGCGAAGCUGCCAACAGCAUCAGUGUCGAUAGCAGCGCCCGCGUCCUGCUGCUCCCAGCAGAAGCCUGA